AUGAGGGCCCUAUCUGUCGCUGUGUCGCGCACCGCAGUUUUAUAUCCGCGGCCUACUAGUACACUGGGAUUCCAGCGAUGGGCGUCCACCUCGACAUCCCAAACCACCUCCAGCACAAAGUCCGACAAUGCUUCUGAAUCGGCAGCGAGGCAAGAUAAGAUGGAGAAGCUCAAGAAGGUGCACAAGAGCAUGGCAGAAGCAGACGAUGAGAUGCGCAAAGCCAUGGAGAAUUUGGCUGGUGAUGGAGGAGAGGCUGGGCUCGAACUGGAAGAUGGCAAAGCCGUCUCCAUGAAAAGAGGCGUUCGAGAGAACAUGUUCAGGUAUAUCUGA